AUGUGUUUCCAUGCGUCCUGUGUUUUUUUUCUAAACAAAAAAAACACCAAACCCCACCAAAAGGGACUGCAGAACUCUGAAGAGAACGCCAGGAUCUCCAUCACCUUCUUCCGGCUGUUCCGCGUGAUGAGGCUGGUGAAGCUGCUGUCUCGCGGGGAAGGGAUUCGGACCCUGCUGUGGACCUUCAUCAAAUCCUUCCAAGCUCUGCCCUACGUAGCUCUGCUUAUAGUGAUGCUGUUCUUCAUAUACGCUGUCAUCGGCAUGCAGAUGUUUGGUAAGAUAGCACUGCGGGACCCCACGCAGAUCAACAGGAACAACAAUUUCCAGACAUUCCCUCAGGCAGUGCUGCUGCUCUUCAGAUGUGCGACAGGUGAGGCAUGGCAGGAGAUCAUGCUGGCGUGUUCGCCCAAUCGACCGUGCGAGAAAGGUUCGACCAAUGAGAACAGCACGACCAACGAGGACUGCGGCAGCCAGUUUGCCAUCAUUUACUUUGUCAGCUUCUACAUGCUCUGUGCCUUUCUGAUCAUCAACCUGUUUGUGGCUGUCAUCAUGGACAACUUCGACUACCUGACGCGCGAUUGGUCGAUCCUGGGGCCGCAUCAUCUUGAUGAGUUCAAGAGGAUCUGGGCUGAAUAUGACCCAGAAGCUAAAGGGAGGAUAAAGCACCUCGAUGUGGUGACUCUGCUCCGGAGAAUCCAGCCUCCCCUCGGCUUCGGAAAGCUCUGUCCACACAGGGUGGCUUGCAAGCGUCUGGUGUCGAUGAACAUGCCUCUGAACAGCGACGGAACAGUGAUGUUCAACGCCACGCUGUUUGCUCUGGUCAGAACCGCACUCAGGAUCAAGACUGAAGGCAACCUGGAGCAGGCUAAUGAGGAGCUGAGGGCAAUAGUGAAGAAGAUCUGGAAGAGAACCAGCAUGAAGCUACUGGAUCAAGUAGUGCCUCCUGCUGGUGAUGAUGAGGUAACGGUCGGAAAGUUCUACGCCACCUUCCUCAUCCAGGAAUAUUUCCGCAAGUUCAAGAAGAGGAAAGAACAAGGGCUGGUGGCCAAGGUGCCCCCGAAAACUGCUCUCUCUCUGCAGGCGGGCCUGCGGACAUUGCAUGACAUUGGUCCAGAGAUUAGGAGGGCCAUCUCUGGAGACCUGACAGUGGAGGAGGAGCUGGAUAAAGGCCUGAAGGAGCCUGUGUCGGCGGCAUCUGAGGACGAUAUCUUCAGGGUAAAGCGUACAGGCGGGUUGUUUGGCAACCACGUCAACUACUACAACCAGAGCGACGGCCGUAGCUCCUUCCCACAGUCCUUCACCACCCAGCGUCCCUUGCAUAUCAGCCAGAAAGGCUCACCUUGCGAAGGCGAGAGUCCGUCUCAUGAGAAGCUCAUGGACUCCACCACUUUCACCCCUUCCUCUUACUCCUCAUCAGGCUCCAACGCCAACAUCAACAACGCCAACAACACUGGCAUGGCCGGGGUGACGGCGCAGGGCAUCAGUCGAUUCCCAAGCCCGUCCAUAAGCACUGUGGACGGGCACACGGGGCAGCCGCUCACCCCCAUCCUGCUGCCAAGAUCUGCAUGGUGCUUUCCUCCAAAGAGGACGUGUUUUUAUGACACCCUUAUGCGCUCGGACUCGAGUGACAGCCGCCUGCCAAUCAUCCGAAGAGGGGAGGGGUCCACGGAGGAGACGUACGAUGAGAGCUAUGCAGACGACAGGGAGUACCACGAGGACGACCACUCGCUCUCCUCCGACAUGCUGGUGUAUCACGAUGAUACCUGUAAGCAGCUGACUCCCAUGGAGGAUGCAGAGGAGGUAGAGGACAGAAGAGGAGGAGGAGGAGGGUGGCAGUCUCCCAGGAGAGUCUUCCUCUGCCCCACUUCUCUGGGGCGGAGAUCGUCCUUCCAUCUGGAGUGUCUCCGGAGACGAUCGGGGCCAGAUGUCUCCCAGAAGACAGCUGUACCCUUACAUCUUGUACAUCAUCAGGCUCUGGCAGUGGCAGGGCUGAGUCCUCUGCUAAGAAGGAGUCACUCACCGACCCUCUUCAGUCGGCUGUGCUCCACGCCUCCAGCCAGUCCCACAGGCCAAUGCAGUGAUGCCUCCUAUCAGCGAGUUCCCUCUCUGAGGUUAGAGGGCUCCAACUCCCAUGAAAAGCUCAAUACCAGCUUGCCCUCUGUCAACUGUGGGCCCUGGUACAGCGACAGUAAUGGGAACAGCCGGGUGCCCAGUCCUAGCCCCACCCCUAGCGUGUCAGCGUCUAGUCAAAGAGCACCACGGCCGGUGUCGCUCACAGUGCCCUCGCUACUGGGAAAAGACUCCAGCUCGCUGUCUCACGGCAGUGCAGGAAGUCUGGUGGAGGCGGUGCUAAUAUCAGAGGGCUUGGGUCACUUCGCCCAGGACCCGUCGUUCAUCGAGGCGACUAAAGCCGAGUUGGCCGAUGCCUGCGACAUGACCAUCGAGGAGAUGGAGCACGCCGCCAACAACAUUCUCAACGGCAACAGCACCACAAACGCCACGUCCAGCACCUCCUCCACCUCUCAGCACAGCCCUAACGGCAACAUCCUCCCCUUCCACACAGCAGCAGCAGCAGCAGCAGCAGCAGCAGCAACACACAGGGACCGAGUGCCCAGCUUGAGUCCCAGCGAAGGUGGGGGAGAGUCCACAGGAAGCCGGGGCUCCAUCCACGGGCCGUCCUCUAUAGAGGAGCGGCAGGAGCUGCUGGCCAGGGGGAGGGCGCGAGACGAGGAGGAGGAGGAGGACGCGGCAGGGAGGGAAGAGGGGUCCCACAGAAGCUCGGUGGUGAUCGGAGGAGCGCGACAGAGAAACAGCGGGCUGUUGGAGGACGAGGAUAUGGAGUGCGUGACGAGUUUGUAGGAGUCAACUCAACGGGUUCAAAUCGGCCAACUGGCCCCUCUGACAUCAUCAGAGACCGACGCUUGUCAGUGCUGCCUCACAGCGCCACGGCUGGAUCUGUCUGUCCCCACAUCAACUCACACACACACACAUGAACACGGUGUCGCUCUGGACGAUGGCGGCCAGUGACGCAACCUUAAACACCUGGUUAUGACUCUGUUGGUUUCUAUGAGUUAGUAUGUGUGUGGAUGUUUGUAGUAAAGUAUACCAGACUGUG